AGCCAAAAAAUCACUUUACUUUGGUCCAUUCAUCAGAAAAAACAGAACCCUUGUCUCACAAACCUCAUCAGGAGAAUAAUCAGAGCGACCCAAUUCGAUUCUAAUUCAUACGCUCUUGAUUUCCGCUCAAAGUUUCAAUCUUUGAUGAAAACAACGCAACCCCAUUAGUUUCUACUCAACAAAAACCAAACCCAGAAAAAAAAGCGACAAUUUUUUUCAUAUUUUCUCCACUAAUUCUGUGUCUGAACCGUUUUUAAGGAACAUGUCUUUGAUCCGAAGAAGAAAAGGGUCGGAACCAGAAAAGGGUCAUAGUGAAAAUUCAGAACCAAAAAUUCAGAAGGAGGGAGAAGAAGAAAGAGAAGAGGAUGAUGAUGAUAAUGAUAAGAACAAGAAGAAUAAGAAAAGUAAUAAGAAUGAGGUUGAUGUGUUGAAGAAGAAGAGUAAGUGGUCUUGUAUUGACAGUUGUUGUUGGUUUGUCGGUUGCAUUUGCACGUUAUGGUGGUUUUUGUUGUUUAUGUACAAUGUGAUGCCUGCUUCGUUUCCUCAGUAUGUGACUGAAGCUAUUACUGGUCCUAUGCCUGAUCCACCUGGUCUUAAACUCAAGAAGGAAGGGUUGAGUGUGAAGCAUCCAGUGGUUUUUGUUCCUGGGAUUGUUACUGGUGGGCUUGAGCUUUGGGAGGGGCAUCAGUGUGCUGAAGGGCUGUUUAGAAAGAGGUUGUGGGGUGGUACUUUUGGAGAAGUUUACAAAAGACCUUCAUGUUGGGUGGAGCACAUGUCCUUGGACAAUGAAACGGGAUUGGAUCCACCCGGCAUAAGAGUCCGGCCUGUUACUGGACUUGUAGCUGCUGACUACUUUGCCGCAGGAUACUUUGUUUGGGCUGUUCUAAUUGCUAACUUGGCACGCAUUGGUUAUGAAGAAAAGACUAUGUACAUGGCUGCAUAUGAUUGGAGAAUAUCAUUUCAGAACACCGAGGUGCGGGAUCAAACGCUAAGUCGGAUAAAAAGCAACAUAGAACUUAUGGUUGAAACUAGUGGACAUAAGGCAGUUAUUAUUCCACAUUCAAUGGGGGUUUUGUAUUUUCUUCAUUUCAUGAAAUGGGUUGAAGCACCAGCUCCAAUGGGGGGUGGAGGAGGACCAGAUUGGUGUUCCAAAUAUAUUAAGGCAAUUGUAAACAUCGGUGGACCAUUUUUAGGUGUUCCGAAGGCUAUAGCAGGGCUUUUCUCAGCAGAAGCCCGAGAUAUUGCCGUUGCAAGGGCGAUUGCACCAGGUUUUUUAGAUAACGACAUGUUUCGGAUUCAAACGUUGCAACAUGUUAUGAAGAUGACUCGCACCUGGGACUCAACAAUGUCAAUGAUACCAAAAGGAGGCGACACCAUAUGGGGUGGUCUUGAUUGGUCCCCCGAGGCGGGCGAUGACCUUACCACGAGAAAGCAAAGCAGGGGCUAUACUAAGUUGAAAGACCGAAAGGAAAACCAAACAAUUGUUAACUAUGGAAGAAUGAUAUCAUUUGGCAAAGAUGUCGCAGAGGCAAAUUCGCCUGAGAUUGAGAUUCUUGACUUUCGGGGUGCAAUUAAGGGUCCCAAUGUUGCAAAUACCUCUUGUCGUGAUGUGUGGACUGAAUACCAUGACAUGGGAGUUGAGGGAGUAAGAGCAGUUGCAGAGCAUAAAGUUUACACAGCUAGCUCAAUCAUAGACCUCCUUCAGUUUGUUGCUCCGAAAAUGAUGGCGCGUGGUAGUGCUCAUUUCUCUUACGGAGUAGCUGACAAUUUAGACGAUCCUAAAUAUGAACACUACAAAUAUUGGUCAAACCCCUUGGAGACAAAAUUACCAAAUGCUCCUGAUAUGGAAAUUUUCUCUCUAUAUGGAGUCGGCCUACCGACGGAAAGAGCUUAUAUUUACAAGUUAACUCCCUUUGCCGAGUGUUACAUUCCUUUUGAAAUUGAUCCUACAGCGAAAGGCGGUGACGAAGUUAGUUGUCUGAGAGAGGGUGUCUACACGGUUAAUGGCGAUGAGACUGUGCCAGUUCUAAGUUCAGGCUUCAUGUGCGCUAAAGGUUGGCGCGGAAAAACAAGAUUCAAUCCUUCAGGGAUCCGCACAUAUAUUCGAGAAUACGAUCAUUCUCCUCCGGCCAACCUGCUAGAAGGAAGAGGAACACAAAGUGGUGCUCAUGUUGAUAUAAUGGGAAACUUCGCGUUGAUUGAAGAUGUUAUGAGAAUCGCGGCGGGAGCCAAAGGAGAAGAAUUGGGAGGCGAUAAAGUGUUUUCCGAUAUCUUUAAAUGGUCUGAUAGAAUCAAGCUACCUUUGUGAGGGGUUGAGUUCUUCUCCACUUACCGGAUGGUUCCAGUAGAACAGAGUAAGACACGGCUUAUAAAAUAUUAUUGUUUUAUUAUUUACCGUGUCUUUUUCUCUUCUCCUGGAACCAUCAAGAGGAUCCACGCCCCUUUGUGAUUGAAGCAGAAUGCACUUCAAGAGGAUCAGAUUAUGUCAUAUGCAUAUUUUUGCAGUAUUAUCUCACUGCUACCAAAGUUCUAUAAACUGCUCUUUGAAUGAAUGGUUCUGCAUAUCAAAUUCAGAUUCCAUGGAGUGGUUAAAAAGGAAACAAGGGCAUUUCAAAACAUUAGUUGUGCUGUAUGGUAAUUUUUUCAAGACACAUUUUUGUCAUAUUCUUCAUGGAGACUUCUCAUUGUAUUUUAUUACUUUUUUUUUUGUUGCUUUUUGAUAUUUUGACAUUUUGUACCAAUAAGUUGACAAUGUAGUAAUAAUUAGAUACUAAUGUCUUAUUCUAUCUUUUGAAUAUAAUUAGACUACUUUUGUCUGUUUA